AUGGAAUUCAAGAACUUGACCCUUCGGCCAGCAGCUGCUGCGAUAGACGCAUACGACAGUGACAUGGAUAGUGAAUGGGUUCAAACACCGCCAGAAGACGCAUUCACAGACGAAGACGAGAUCCAAAUAGAUUCAACAGGGGAUCUGCUGCUGCAUGUCGGCUCCGAUCCAUCCUCCGGCAGCACCAAAUCAUUUCGCAUUUGCUCAAACACUUUACGGCGAGCAUCGCCGUUUUGGAGACGCACACUCUUAGAAACAUCCUCCGGGACGCAGCCGGCUGACGAAGGGUGGUGCGGAUGGACUCCGUCGCUGUAUGCCUGUCAGCAUGACAAGUCAGACGGAUUGAUGAUCCUGCUGAACAUAAUCCAUGCGAAAUUCGCACUUGUACCAAAGAAUCCCACUCUCAUUGAGGUUUACCACACUCUUUGUCUGGCCAGCUUGUAUGAGAUGGAGCAUGUUUUGCAGCCGUGGAUUGCAAAGUGGUACAGGGUAACGAAGACAUCCGAGGGCACUAGGGAUGGCCGGGAUCUGGAAAUGCUUUCGUGCAUUGCUUGGGCAUUGGGUGAUGAGAGACUGUUUGCAAGGACUGUCAUCAGUAUCAGUCUCACUUCCAUCAUCGAUGAUCAAGGUCACAUUGUCAUGCCGGACGGGACACGCCCAGAAGACUAUUUUUAUGACUCCCUCGGCUCACCGACAAUACCAGAAACCAUCCGUUCCUUGCGUAGUCAACUCGCCACAGAGCUACCUUCACAUCUGAAUGGUGUUAUCGAUAGAUUGAUAGACGGAAAAUGGCUCUGCGCUGGCAUUUCCGGAAUUCCUGUAACGCGGAACAAGAAGUGCGACUAUGUCGUGCUCGGAAGUGUGCUCGCCGGCCUUAUCUAUGUUCGAGGGACGAGAGCGACGGAAGUAACCAUCAGAGCCGACGAGAGCGUCAUGGACUUACUCAAGUCUCUCAAGAGGGUGUUAUCAUAUGUGACUUGCUACGAGAAGCACCCGGAAUGCAACCCCGCAGAGCAGAUUUCGGAAGCUAUGAAGAAGACGAUCGACGCGAUGGAUAUACCUUUGAGUUCAGAUUGCGUCCAACGAAUGAGAGAACGGCGUCAAGAGACCGGAUGGCAAGAUUGA